AUAAUGUCAUCAUCAUCAACUACUGCUGGUCCAGUCCCCGUCCCAAACGGUACUUCUCCAAAGAAAUCAAUUGGCCAUCCUUUACUCACAUGGAAAGAUCCUAUCAAAACUGGUAAAGUGUUUGGUACUCUUAUCGUCUCCUUGAUUGUCUUGAAAUCUGUCAACUUGUUGAGCUUGUUUUUCCGUUUAGGUUCAAUUGCUUUGAUUUCAUCUGCAAUUGCUGAAUAUGCUGGUAAAUUAAUCACUGGUACCGGAUUUGUUACUCGUUAUAGACCUUCAUACAACAAAACUUUUUCACACAAGACUAAUAACUUUUUGCAAUCAUUUUCUCAAGAUUUACCAGCUUUAGAAGAGGAGGGUCAAAAAUUGUUGUACUCUUUCAACAUCGAAAAUACUUUAAAAGCUUCAGGUUUAUUCUACAUCUUGUACAAAAUCACUUCAUGGUUAUCAUUAUACAAAUUGAUUUUCAUUUCAACUGUUUUAACUUUUACUUUACCAGCUGUUUAUGAAAAUUAUCAAGAUGAAAUCAAUCAAGCUGUUGUUCAAUUCUCUGGUAUUGCUAAGGAAAAAGCUGGUGAAUAUUCCAAGAUUGCCUCUGACAAAGCUGCUCCAUAUUUGAAACAAGCUGAUGAAAAAUUGGGUCCAGUCUCCGGUUUUAUUAAACAAAGAUAUCAAGUUCGUACUGCUUCAACCACUGUUGGUGAACAAAACUCUAGUGCAUUC